CGAGUGUUUCUCUGUUGCUUUUGAAUAAACAGUUUUUGGCGUCUGUUGGUGGUUCUGUUGCAGCCAAAACGAAGCGAAACGAAGCGAAGGACAAACAAAAUAUAGCAAAGUAUCCUGCGUAAUCCUUUGACAUGGCCAGAAGAAUGGACAAGGACUCAUAGUAGGCGAGAGAGGGAUCGAUCGAACGACCGUACCAAUGUCAAAUCAUGCAGCAGACCCUCUCGUACUCAUCAUCAUCGCCAUCGCCAUCCCCAUCCCCGAUGCCAACGCCAGCCGGAACACCACACACCCCAGCGACCACCCAUGCCCCCACCCACACCCAUCCACGACCCGGUUCAACAGGCAGCGAUCCCAACAACAGGUUCCAGCCGGCCAUCAUUCCGGUUGACUACAGCUACCACACCCACACCCACCCACACCCACACCACCAGCAGCACUCCCACGCCCACACGAGCAUGGCCCCCUCGACGUACACAUCCACACAGAGCUUCAUACGCCAGCCGACGGCCAGCACAGUCCUGGAGCUGGGCUCGGAGCGGGACUCUCAGCCAUACAGCAGUCUCUUCGGGGAUCCCGUGCCCCCGCCCACGCAGGUGGAGGAGUACUUCGGUACGGCGGCCUUUGAGACGCUGCGAUCUGCUUCGCUGGAGAUGCCCAGCUCGGAGGAGGAUGCCCUUGUGGCCGCCGUGGCCCUAAAUGCGCUGAUGGGCAACGAGGCGCGGCUCAGGCAGAGGAUCUUCUCGAACAUUCCCUACACGAGAACACCCCGGGCAUCGCUCAUUCCGCACCUGCAGCCGCCCGAUAUCCAGAUCCUGCCCAACUCCAGCGGCGGCUCGAGCUCCGAACAGCUGGGCUCGCCCAACUAUCGACUCCUGGCGCCGGACGACAUCCUCAAUAAGCCGGACAUGUACGACCUGGCCAACCCCAGUGAGGAGUCGCAGUACAUGCCACGCUCCGACUUCGAUCGCGAGGAGGAGCGAACACAGACGCCCAGCCGUACGGCGGGCAAGCAGAGUGUCUCCACCAUGACCUCAGAGGAGCAUCACCAGGGUUUGCUGAGCGACUCCUACGCGGGCAGGGACUGGUUCCGACCUGCUGCCCAGCACUUUCCGGAGUUCACGCGCAUCCCCAAGCUGCGGCCCAGCUCGAAGAACAUCAUGUCCAUGAAGCAGGAGGAGGUGCCGCUCUCCCCGCUGGCCACGAUGAUCCAGGACAUGAACAGCUCCAGCAGCGGAGGCGAGGAGCGGCUGGCCACCGGGCUCAGCGAGCAGCAGUCAGCGAUGCAGGACAUGGACGUCAUACUCUCACCGAAGCACUACCUGGAGCAGCAGCUGGAACGGAUGAGUGCGGUGAGCGAGCGGCAGCUGCUCGAGGACUACAGCCCGCCGACGCCGCCACCCGCUGACCCGCCUCCUUGCCACCACCACCAGAGAAGCUGCAGAGACACGGAGGCGAGUGUCGGCUCAUGCCCAGCCCCACCCCCAAUGAACCGGGAAAUGUCCCCGAUCAUCAUGAAGGACUCCAUCUCCGUGGGCGGGGACUAUCGCGUGGAGCAACCACGGCCACACAAGAAGACUGCAUUUACCAUCCUCACAGUGCGCUCGCCGCAACCGCAACCGUCGCCGGCGUACAGCCCCGCCAGGAGAGCCGCCGCCACCGCCGCCAGGAGGCACGCUUCCAUACAGUCGACAUCGACUACCUCAUCCAUGGCCACCAAGCCGCCGAUCCUGCCGCGUCGCAAGACUCCCAGCGACUCCCGACUGCCUGAGCUGCCGGGAUCAUCCCUGGCCUACUCGCCGUAUCCCAGCACCAGCCACCAGCAGCCCCAGUCGCAUCCACUCCACACAGCCGAUGACUCGCCACGGCCCUCGGUGCAGUUCAACAUGAGUGGGCGCCACAGUCGCAGCAAGCUGGCGACUCCCUCCAAGGGCAUCCUCCAGCAGCGGGACUCGCUCACCUCCUCCAUAGACACGUACACGCCGCGGGCCCAGCGACGCGGCUCCAUGGGCAUCAGCCUGCCGCAGCAGCUGUCGCAUGGGUACGGGCAGCGGAUCAAGAGCAUGGAGAGCCUGCCGCUGAUAGCCGAUCCCUAUCGCAGCGCCAUUCCGCGGCUGCACUACUCCGCCAUGGACCUGGGCAAGGAAGCGGCCGUCUUUCCGCCGGGCGGACUGCCACGCCCACUGAAGCCAAACCACAACCCCACGCGAAAGCAGCGCGGACUCCUGAAGGUGAUCAACCGGGAGGAGGCGCUCGCCCACAUCCCUCCUCGCUCUAACUGGUGCAGCCUGGAUGACCUGGCCCUGGCACCGAGUCCACGGUCAUCCUUUGACCCCGGCCACGCGCAGGCUCGUCGUCGUUCCAGCUCCACCUCGCCGGAGCGAAGGAGCUCCACCCAAACGGCCUCGGACCGACGCAGCUCCAACCUGAGCAGCAUAACCGCCACCACCUCGGACUUUAGCUUCCGCCGCCCAUCGCUCGCCACACUGCCAGCGUCGCGGCUGCGUCGCAAGUCGGUGCAGGCGCCAAUCCCAGGGCGCAGCCCGCGACGACAGUCCGUCCACCAGAGGGACCCAAAGCCACCGCCGCAUGCGAAGCACGGAAAGAUCGCAAAGCCCAGCAGCUUGUCCCCGAUCCUCGGCACUCCCAACAAGGACAGCAGCUCCGGGCAGAGUCCCACCCACGGAUCCUCGCUGAUUGGGCGCCGAGGAUCCCCGCAGAUUGGCCACCAUGCAGCCUCGAUGAUGGGGCACGCUGGAGACGCUGCCGACACCCAGUCCGAGGUGUCCACGCGUCGGGACUCGCUCUCCCGCAUUCCGAUUCGCAGUCAGCCUGGCUCCCGAGUAGAAUCUCGUUCCAGCUCGCCGUCGAAGGAAUUUGUGGCCACGAUUCCAACCGCUUCGGGGCGCACCUCACGGGCAAGCACGAGUCGCUCGCCCUCUCGGGCGAUGGUCCACAGCAGGACGCCGUCACGGGAGAGUGCGCGACCCGGAGAGUCGCGAUCUGUGUCCAGGGGGCCGCCCUCCAGGCCAAGUUCUCGCAUGGAGCAGGCCCGGGAGCAGGCCAACUCCCGCAGCAACUCACGGGCCAACUCCCGAUUGAGCAUAAACUCCUCGCUGCGAUCCUCCAGCGUCUCGCCCAUCACCAUGGCCAGGAACAGGAGCAUACGGGGAACCACGCCGCAACCCGGUCGCAAGAAGUCCAUCUCAUUGAGUCCAGCCAGCGGCAUGCUGGGGCGUCGAAAGUCCAUCAGUCCGGCGGCCACCACACAGGCUCGACGGAUGUCCGUGUCCAUUCGGGGGAAGCCAGAGAUACCGGAGACUUUGUCGCGUCGCAACUCCCGCUCCCGCAUCCCCACACGACAGUCCGACAAGAUGGGGUCCAAGUCGCCGCCGUCAUCAUCCAAGCAGCGUUCAAAGUCGCCCAAGAAGACCAAGGGAGCGCCGGCAACGACACCCAAGGCAGCCAGAGCGGGCAAAGUGCCGCCAAAAGGAAGCCCCAAGGCAAAGCCCACACCCAAGCAACCUGCAAGUGCCAAACCCAAGUCCAGGACAGAAUCUGUGAGAGCUGUGAAGGCCGCGGAGCGGACACCAGUUGUCAGAAGGGAACAGGGAACGGGGAAAAGGCCAGCCCCCAAGGCGCCAUCCUCCACACUCACCGCAGCGAAGGAUGCGAAAGCCGAGAAGGGAAAGCAGCCAGCAGCCAAGAGCAGUGGACAGGGACAACCAGUGGCUCCGCCGCGCACCAAAUCCCAGCAGAUGAAAGCCAAGCCACCUGGAGGAGCGGCGACAACGGAGACCAAGCGACCGCCCGCACCCACGGCCAGCAAAUCCCAGGGGAAUGUACACGAAAAAGGUGCCAAUGGAGGGGAUGCAGCAGCAGCACCAGCAGCAAACAUGACUCCACUGGCUGCCCAGGUGGGCAGCGCGGUGCUCCAGGCAGCCGAAGCCGUUCCGGCGGUGACGAGCGAGGUGACCGUCCCCUCUACGCCAGCAGAGAGGCGCCGAGGCCAAGGCGUGAACAUGACCAAGCUGGUGCGGAUGAGCUCCCGGCUGAGCAUGCUCAGCCAAAAGAGUCGUGCGGACUCGCCGCAGAAUCGAAAGGUGGCCACAGUGCCAGAGAUCGCGCACGAAACCGAAGAGGCCACGAGUCCCGCUGCUCGGAUGAAGUCCAAUGAUGCUGGCGGUCUGCCGGCCGCCAUUCUGGAAAAGUCACAGAAAACGCUCGAGAACAUACAGAAGACCGUCACGGAGGCCACCGAUGAGAUCCACAAGACCAUCAGCGAGAACCUCACCGAUCUGAAGACUCUGGAGAACGACAUGGGCCUCACUGGAGAUGCCCCUGCCUCUGCCGCUCCCACUCCCACCUCUGGCUCGAUGCCGGCCAAGCCAGGCGACUCCGAGUCACGGACAGGGACAGCGGAUGGGGGCAAUGCUGCCCAGAGCUCGGCGGAGCAGGCAAAGUCUCCGUUUCCGCCCACACAGCCCAUCGAGGCGGCCGUCUCUGUGGUGCACCCCCCAAAUGAGCGGGCAACGAUAUCCAGUGUGCCCGAGGUGGAGUGCGAGAGCUCCGACCUGCCCACAGUUCUGGACGUGUCCGAGUCGGAUCUGGGCGGCCAUGUGAUGCCAACGCCCGAGAACGGAGCGGACUUCAAGGUGGACGCCAAGCGACGCUCUCCGGACGGACAGGGCGGCUCCGCGGCGGGUAGUGGUGGCAUGGCAAAAACCAGCAGCCAAGAGUUCCUGGAAGACAAGGACAAUAAUGCCAAUAAGAAGGGAUUGUGUCGCUGCUGUUCCUCACUGUUCAUGCCCUGUCGUCGCAGUCGCUGCUCCCGCUGCUGUUUUCGACGAGAACGGAACACCUCGGCCGAGGAUCAACCUGUGCUAUGGAGUGCUAACAGUAGUGCCACAACCGCCACCAAUGUCCAAGUGAUUGAUGAGACCAAGCCGAAGAAGAAAAAGGUGACGGACUGGCUCAAGUCGAGCUGCUGCCGGAGCUGCCGGAAGAAGCCCCCGCCCGGGGACACUGACAAGCCGGAACCGCCGAGCGUGAAGCAGGAGGCCACUAUGAGUACGGGACCAAAACGUGGAGGCAAGUGCGGCCUCUGUUUGAGCAAGGUGUUCUGCUGUCGCUCGGUGAACAAAGUGGACGACACGGGUAAUGAAACCGAGCUGAAGAAGUGCUGCUUCUGCAUACCAUAUCGGAGGAACCGCAGCAAGCCCAAAGGUAGCUCCGUUUCCUGGCGGGAUCAGGAUCCAGAGCUUGGCAUCAAGCCCACUGACACAUCGGUUCUUGAAGGUGCUUCGGAGGCGUCAAUGACAUCUGCAGCUGCCGAUGCAACGGCUCCAAUAGCGAAAGAGGGCUGCUGCAAGCGUUUCUGGCUAAUGAUGCUCUGCUGUCGCAAGAAGCCGCGUCGCGAAUCGAAUGCUCGCCGCCAGAGCAUCAGAGCCCCGCCGCCCAGUGAGGACACACGCCGGAAGCUGCACAACGAUCUCGUGGAACACGCAUCCAAAAUGAAGGGCGCCAUUCCUGUGCUGCCGCUGUAUUUGGCUUGGUUCUGUGCCUUCUGUAACGUCGUCUUUCCAGGCUUAGGCACGCUGCUGUCGGGACUCCUCUGCCUGUGUGUGGGCAUUCCGCGAUUCUCACAAUACGACAGCGCCCGGGCUCGGAUCGGAUCCUUCAUAAUCAACAUUAUUGUGGCAGUGUCGCAGUUCUGCUGUGUACUCUUCUGCUUCGUGGGCUGGGGCUGGUCCAUCUGGUGGGGUACUAUUAUGCUGAAAUGUGCAAAGAAACUGAGCAAGAUCAAAAAGGUGGAACGGCUGGAACUGGAGGAGGAACAACGCCAGGCCCAACUGGCGGCCACUGCGGCCGGUGAGACUGAGCCGGCGAAGACAUAGUAAUCCAGUCCACCACGACACAUUCCAAGGACGUGAUUUUUUUAUACAAUUGUGUACAUACAUACCUUUGUACAAAACUGUAGAUUCCACAGACACGUGCACUUCCAAAUGUACUUCCAUGAUAAGUAAAGUGGAACAAUACUUCCUUUGAACAGAA